AUUCCAAUUUGUUCUUCUAUCUGGUCCUGCGCUUCUGAAGGAGUUAUGAGCUUCUCUGCUUUCUCAGUGCUUUCGUUCUGUCGCAACCACCAUCUACUUCAGACCUCUCUGCAGCUCUUUGGCAGACCACAGUGGCUAACUGUAAGAUGGCGCUCACAAAAUUAUGUAGANAAGGUCGAAGAAGAGCUUGAAAGGGAAGGUAAUCACAUAAUAACUAACCGUGAGGUUCACUUGGUUUCGACAACUGAAAAAGGAUGUGUUGUGUACUGCAAAGAUGGUUCUGCANAAGUGUUUGAUGGAUGCAUAUUGGCAGUGCAUGCACCUGAUGCCUUGAGAUUAUUAGGAGAUGAAGCAACAUAUGAUGAGCGAAGAAUUCUUGGUGCUUUUCAAUAUGCUUACAGUGAUAUUUUUCUUCAUCGUGACAAAAAUUUAAUGCCCCAAAACCCAGCAGCAUGGAGCGCAUGGAACUUUCUUGGAAGUAACAACAAUAAAGUCUGUGUCACAUACUGGCUCAAUAUUCUUCAGAAUAUUAAAGAAACAAGUCAACCCUUUUUUGUAACUCUAAAUCCUGAUCACAUACCAGAAAAUACCUUGCUUAAAUGGUCAACUGGUCAUCCAGUACCAUCAGUUGCUGCAUUCAAAGCCUCCUUAGAGCUAGACCAUAUUCAAGGGAAAAGAAAAAUUUGGUUUUCAGGGGCUUACCAAGGUAAUGGAUUUCAUGAAGAUGGAUUUAAGGCUGGAAUGAUUGCAGCUCAUGGCAUUCUUGGAAAACGCUGUGUCCUUCAGACCAACCCAAAACACAUGGUACCUUCUUGGAAGGAACUGGGAGCACGCAUUUUUGUGACUAGAUUCCUGAGUUACUAUGUCAAUACUGGUUGUUUAACUUUAUUAGAAGAGGGAGGAACAAUGUUCAACUUUGAGGGAACUGGAGGAAAAGGCAUUGUGAAGAGUGUUUUGAGAAUCCACAGUCCACAAUUUUAUUGGAAGGUGAUGGCACAGGCAGAUUUAGGCCUUGCAGAUGCAUAUAUCAACGGGGAUUUUUCAUUUGUUGAUAAAGAUGAAGGUCUCUUGAAUUUUAUUUUGAUUCUCAUAGCCAACCGCGAUUCAAAUGCAUCCAACUCACACCUCAAGAAGAAUAGGGGUUGGUGGACACCAGUAUUCUUUACAUCUGCAUUGACAUCUGCAAAGUUCUUCAUGGACCAUGUUUCAAGGAGAAAUACUCUCACACAGGCUCGCAGGAACAUCUCUAGGCAUUAUGAUCUGAGCAAUGAACUCUUUGCAAUUUUCUUGGAUGAAACAAUGACAUACUCAUGUGCGGUGUUCAAGAACAAAGACGAAGACUUGAAAGAUGCACAAAGGAGAAAAAUUUCCCUUCUGAUUCAAAAGGCUAAAAUUGAUAAGACGCAUGAAAUUCUUGAGAUUGGAUGUGGAUGGGGAAGUUUAGCCAUUGAAGUUGUCAAACAAACAGGCUGCAGAUACACUGGUAUCACUUUGUCCAAGGAACAACUGAAACUUGCAGAACAAAGAGUCAAAGAUGCUGGACUUCAGGAUAGAAUCAAAUUUCUACUGUGUGACUAUCGCCAAUUGCCCAAGACGUACAAAUUCGACAGGAUUAUAUCAUGUGAAAUGAUAGAAGCUGUUGGCCAUGAAUACAUGGAAGAGUUCUUUGGUUGUUGUGAAUCAGUAUUGGCCCAAAAUGGACUUCUUGUUCUUCAGUUCAUAUCAAUCCCAGAUGAGCGUUAUGAUGAAUAUAGGCGCAGUUCUGAUUUUAUAAAGGAAUAUAUAUUUCCAGGAGGUUGCCUACCCUCUCUAAGUAGGAUAACAUCAGCCAUGGCAACCACAUCCAGACUAUGCGUGGAGCAUGUCGAAAACAUGGGCAUUCAUUACUAUCAAACACUCAGAUGCUGGAGAAAAAACUUCAUGGAAAGGCAGAACGAAAUUUUGGCUCUCGGAUUUAAUGAAAAGUUCAUUAGGACAUGGGAAUACUAUUUUGAUUACUGUGGUGCAGGUUUCAAGUCACUCACACUGGGGAAUUACCAGGUCGUUUUCUCUCGCCCUGGUAACAUUGCUGCAUUUGGCGAUCCAUACAAAUGCUAGACCUAAACAAGUUUACAGAACAGACUGCAUUAAAUGAUUAUGCCAUGUAAAAUUUAUUGGAGCUCAAUUGUGUUGCUGCUAAAAACAGCUACAUUGGUGAUAAUUCUUUUCGUACAAAAAAAAAAAAAAAUCUUUUUUAAGGAAUAAGGAACAAGCUUUAUAUGAUUUACAGAGUAUUAUGGAAUACAAGAUAUGUUGAAAAUGCGGUACCCUGUCCUGUGUGUUAUUACAGCUAGCUUCAACCUCAUGCGGCUAUGUCUUGAUCAUGACAAGAAAAAAAGAAAGGUCAAUUUUUCAUUA